UUGAUACAAACAUGUACCUGUCUGAACAUGCACUAACUCCAACUUUUGAAGUGCUCUCCAGCCAUACAUAAAACUCAUAGAAACUCAAAUUCCACACGCACAGCCCCCCCAACUUCUCCUCCCUGUCCUCUCGAGUCCCAAAAAUCUCUAACCUGCGAAAAUGCUGCCUAGCAUCCUUCAGCUCCUGCUUACCUUCUCUAUUCUUUUCAGCACCAAAAAUCUCAUAGCUUCGUCUCUCACCUUACCACAAGACAUCUCAGCUCUCAAAGCCUUCAGAGCCUCAGUCAAGCCAAGUUCAAUCCAACCUUGGUCUUGCCUGGCUUCAUGGGACUUCAUCGCCGACCCCUGUGCUGUCCCUCGCCGAACCCGCUUCACCUGUGGCAUCACCUGUUCCCCUGACUCAACUCGAGUCACACAACUCACUCUUGAUUCAGCUGGCUACUCAGGGCGACUCACCCCACUCACUUCCCAACUCACCAGCCUCAUUAUCCUCGACCUCGCAGAUAACAACUUCUUCGGUCCUAUCCCCUCCUCCAUCUCCUCUCUGAUCAACCUCCAAACCCUGACUCUCCGUUCCAACUCGUUCUCCGGCUCGGUCCCUGACUCAAUCACCAACCUUAAAUCCCUCGAAUCUUUAGACCUUUCACAUAAUUCUUUAUCUGGUUAUCUCCCAAAAACCAUGAAUUCAAUGUCAAGCUUAAGGAGACUCGACCUUAGUUACAACAAACUAACUGGGUCUUUACCAAAACUACCAUAUAACUUGCUAGAACUGGCUUUGAAGGCCAAUUCUUUGUCUGGAUCAUUAUCAAAAUCAUCCUUUGACAGCUUAACUCAGUUAGAAGUAGUCGAACUCAGUGAAAACUCGCUCACUGGCACUCUAGAAUCUUGGUUCUUUCUCUUACCUGCGCUUCAACAAGUUGAUUUAGCCAAUAACAGCUUGACACGUCUCGAGAUCCCAAAGCCUGCUAACAGUGACCUCGUGGCUGUUGAUCUUGGGUUCAAUAAAAUCGAGGGAAACGCCCCCUUGCAUUUUGCUGAUUAUCCACUGCUGUCAUCAUUGUCACUAAGAUACAACAGCUUACGUGGCACGAUCCCAUUGGAGUAUAGUCGAAAGAAGAGUUUGAGAAGGCUGUUUCUCGAUGGGAAUUUCUUGAUUGGAAAGCCACCACCGGCUUUUUUCGCCGCAGACAGGUCGGUUUCCGGUAGCAUAGGGGAUAAUUGUCUCCAAGCAUGUCCAGGUUCGUCUCAGCUGUGCAUGCCUUCGCAGAAGCCAAGUUCUAUAUGCAAGCAAGCUUACGGUGGAAAACCAAGGUCUUAAGGCGUCAGGUUGUUAUUUAAUAUAUAUAUAUAUAUAUAGAUAUAGCGAGAGUAAUACUAAUGUGUACUGAAAGUUUUUAAAACAGUGAAUUAGAUAUAAAGGUGAUGAUCAUAUAAUUAGUUAUUGAUUUUGAUUUGUAAUAGUUGGGAUUUUUCAAGUUAGAUUUUCGAAGGUUAAUGUCAAAUUAAUUGAUAAAAAAUUAAAA